CUGUGACUGAAAACCUUGUGUAGUUUCGUUUUAAUUACUUAUAAAAAUAUUGGGAAAUCGUCGGUACUCUUGGUAAUCCCGGAGAACACUACGGAACGAUGGAGAAUCAGGGAAACCCAGGAAGGGAAUCGCUUGACGAUUAUAAGGCGAAGAAGGAGAAAUUGAUUAAAGAACUUGAACAACUAGAAACCGGAACGCAUGCCGUGUACAUCCAACGGGAGCAACAGCUGCGCAAAGAGUUGAAUGAAACCCUCGUGGAGCUGAAGAACCACACCACGGAACAGCUUAUGGCCGUCCAGAGGGAUUACAAAAAGGAGAUACUUGCCGCUACGAACGACUUUGAGCGACAGGCGUACGCGCUGCAACAGAAAAUGAUUUUCGAUCUGGAACAUCAGAAGAAGUUGAUCUUUCGAGAAUACCAACUCAGCCGGAUUUGUCAGCAUGAUCAACAUCAGGAGGAGGCGACGAACAAUCACCGGGAACUUCGCAGCAAUUUGCGUUUAUUCUAUCCUGCUCAUCAGGGCAAUGCCAUUGUGAAUCGUCAGAUGGCGAAGGUGACAACGUUGCUGAGCAAAGCGGAAAUCGAAGAGGAUCUUAGAUUGAUCGGACAAAUGGACCAAUGA